AUGCAUGAAUCUUACCGCCCGCACCUCCUGCUAGCCCAGGUUCCCCUCACCGUCUCACCGUUCAUCAAUCUCCCCACCUCGGUCACGCUACCAUACACCUACAAAUCCGUAACCACCACUCUCCCUCCAUCAGUGACAGUCGACCCCAGCAACCCAGAUCUAAAAGCGCGCUACGUCUUCUCUUCCAGCGGCGAACAUGCCGCACACCCGGACGAGAUUCUCGCCGCAUGCCAAUCGCUCGAGCAACAUCUAAAGAAGACGAAGACCAACGCGGAAAAUGCAAUCAAAUCCUGGGAAGAAUCUAUUCAACAACGAGAUCUAGCUGAAAAGCGACGUGUCGCGCCUGGGUGGUUAGACCGGGAGGAAAAACUACUUCAGCCGAGUCAUGCUGCGGGGUCCCCCGGUUCUAAGGGAAAUAUCGAGACUUUGCUGGAUAGCUCGUCGGCGGAUCAGGGAUCUUCGAGUAUGCCGUCAAUGGUACCGAGAGAUGAGGGAGAGGAGCUGGAUAGAGCAUUUGGAGGUCUUGGUGUGAAAUGA